AGCCACAUAGAAAGAAACACUUAGCGAGCAGCUACAGCUACGCUAGCUCGAUCUCUCAUCUGCUACACGCGACCCGAUCGAUCCCAUGGCCCGCUCUGCCCAGCUCGCUGUCCUGGUGGCGCUCCUCGUGGCCACGGCGCCGGCGGUGAGCGCCGUGACGUGCGGGCAAGUCGUGAGCAUGCUGUCCCCCUGCCUCAACUACGCCAUGGGCAGGUCCCCCACAACCACGCCGGCCUGCUGCGCAGGCGUCAGGGGCCUCAACAACGCCGCCCGCACCACCGCGGACCGCCAGACCACCUGCAACUGCCUCAAGCAGCAGACCAGCGGCAUGGGCGGGCUCAAGCCCAACAUCGUCGCCGGCAUCCCCAGCAAGUGCGGCGUCAGCGUCCCGUACGCCAUCAGCCCAUCCACCGACUGCUCCAAGGUUCACUAAUAUAAGAUAGCAACGGUAUGAGAGAAUAAUAAAGAUCGAUCGAUUCCCAUGGAUCGACCGAGCUGUUCCUCUGGAUCGAUAUGAUUCUGCAUGGAGGAAGGGGUGCAUUGCAUGCAUGGCUUCUUCACCUCAUUUUACCUGCCUUUAAUUAUCUGUCACUGCUCUUAAGCACUUGUACUGCUACUGCAGAGGGUUACCUAUCCAAGGACCUUGUACCAUGUUCUCCUUCUAAUCGACAUCAAUCAAGUA